AUGAAGUCUGUUCCCUGCAUUAAGCUGAAAAUACACACAGUGAAGCUGGUCAGCACAAAUGUAGGUCUCACUCUGACUGAUUUUCAGGUCCACGACAGACGUGCGAGUCUAUUCCUGGAUGGGCUUGAGGAGGAUGGGACACCAUUUGGCACACAACCUCUGACCGCCGGGCUCCCUGAUAUCAGCGAGGAUGGUGCAAUGUGGGUGGGACUCAGCUCCAACGGGUCUAAUCAGUUCAUUGGACGGAUGCAGGACUUUAGAUUUUAUCCUGCCACUCUGACCAACAGGGAAAUAGUGGAGGUGUACUCGGGGGCUCUGCCUGAUCUCCAUGCCCAGUCAGAGUGUCGCUGUCCUCCCAGUCACCCCAAAGUACACCCUUUAGUUGAGAGAUACUGCAUUCCCAAUGGUGUUGAGGACACCACCAAUGAUAGAGUCUUAAGACUCAACCUUAAUGCCCAUCCACUAAGUUACAUCAAUGAUCAGGACAUGGGCACCACAUGGCUUUCUAAGAUCAUGACCACACAGGAACUGGAUGAAGGAGUCACUAUUACCGUGGAUUUGGCGAAUGGACAAUAUCAGAUAUUCUAUGUUAUACUACAGUUUGGUGCGCUCUUGCCUGAGUCAGUGCUGAUCCAAAGACGAACGCUUGACGUCACAGAGCUUGAGAGUGGCACCUCUACUCAACAGCCCUGGUUGGACUGGCAAUAUAUGGCCACAAACUGCAGUGUGUUUGAAAUGCAAAACAACGGGCCUUUACUGAGACCAGACUCCGUCAACUGUCUGCAGCUGCCCAGCGAUGUUCCCUUCUCAGGCGGUAACAUCAUAUUCAGCCUGCUGACCCCCGAGCCAAACCUCAGGCCAGGCUAUAAUGACUUCUACAACACUCCUGCCCUGCAGAAGAUGGUACAUGCCACCCAGGUCAGGAUACACCUGAGUGGACAGUCCCACACCGCAGCAACCGGGGUGAACCAGCGACACAGAUACUAUGCCAUCAAUGAGGUCACCGUCAGUGGCAGAUGUGAGUGUCACGGCCAUGCAGACCACUGUGACACCAGCGUGACGCCCUACCGCUGUCUGUGUCUGCCUGAGAGCCACACGGAGGGAAACCUUUGCCAGCGUUGUGCGCCCCUCUACAAUGACAAGCCAUUCAAGUCAGGUGACCAGCUCCAGCCUAUGAACUGCCGGUCUUGUCAGUGUCAUGGCCACGCCCCCACCUGUCAUUAUGAUGUCAGAGCCGAUGACCAGCCAGAUGAGCACUAUCGAGGAGGAGGAGGCGUCUGUGACAACUGCAUGCACAACACCACGGGUAAGAACUGUGAGCUGUGUAUCAGUGGGUUUUUCAGGCUGGAGGGAUCUGAUCCCACUUCAGUUUCUUUGUGUCAGCCUUGCAACUGCAACACUGCUGGGACUGUCAACAGCAGCAUGGAGUGUGCCCAGGUAGGACGUCAGUGUCAAUGUAAGGCUGCAGUAACAGGUCAGCGGUGUGUAGACUGUUUGCCUGGUUGGUAUGGUCUCAAAGCUUCAAAUCCAAAUGGCUGCACCCGCUGUAACUGCAGUGACAUUGGCAUCAUCAGCACCUCAACGGGAGUUCCCAGUUGCAACCAGGACACAGGACUGUGCCAGUGUAAACCCCAUGUCACAGGUCUGUCUUGUGACCGCUGUGAGUUUGGUUAUUGGAACCUGUCCCACCCAGACGGCUGCAUCCAAUGUGACUGUGACCCCCUAGGUUCCCUCAGCCCGUUUUGUGAGCCUGAGGGGGGGCAGUGUGAGUGUAAGCCUGGGGUGGGGGGGCAACGCUGUGACUCUUGUGGCAGGGGUUCGUAUGGUCUAAGACUGGAGGGAUCCUGUGCCCCCUGCAACUGCUCACAAGAAGGGACAGUACCUGGGACAGACUGCGAUCCUCACACAGGAAAUUGUGUGUGUAAGGAACAUGUGGAAGGCCUUCGCUGUGACUCUUGUCAUCAUGGUUACCACACCCUGGAGCAGCGGAACUCCCUGGGCUGUCUGCCGUGUGCGUGUGACAUCCAUGGCACUGUGCCAGAGGGUGUAUGUGAUAUGUGGACCGGACAAUGCCCUUGCAGAGAAGGGGUGGAGGGAGCACGGUGUACCAACUGUGCCCAUAACUACUACAACAGGAGCUUACACGUGCAGAAGGGGUUGUCCCACGGCUGUGUGCCAUGUAUUUGUGACCUCAGAGGAUCAGUGACUGGGUCGGUAUGUGACAGCACCACAGGGCAGUGUGUUUGUGUCCCUACACGCUAUGGAAAGGACUGCAGUAGCUGCCGACCUGGCUUUUACCUCUCACCAGAUCAGAGUGCCUGUGCAGAGUGUGACUGCCAUCCGAUGGGAGCAUCACAGCGUGGUUGUGAGAGCCAGACCGGACAGUGUGUGUGUGCCCAUCCCUCAGUGGGAGGGCGACGCUGUGACCAGUGUCGUGAGAUGUUCUUCGGAUUCAACCCUGGCCUGGGCAGAUGCCAGCCUUGUGCAUGUGAGCCGAUGGGCAGUGUCAAUGGUUCAUGUCAACCAGACUCAGGAGUCUGUGUGUGUAAGCUGCUGGUAACUGGAGACCAGUGUGAUGUGUGUCAACCUGGAGCGAGUCAUUUGGACCCUGAGAGCCACUUUGGCUGCAGUAAAGCACCCUCCCAGCAACCUGCACCAGUGGGUUUUGCUCUCAGUUAUUCCUCAUUUCGUCUCUCUUGGCAUCCGCCUGACUCCCCGAAUUCAAACAGACUCAACUACACACUCGUCAGGGAUGGACAGUCAGUGCAUAGCAUCCAGAGUCACUAUCCUUUCAGCCCUGAAUCAUUUGAAGACACCGUUUUGUUUCCCUAUACCAACUACUCUUACUGGCUUGUAACGGCUAAUGUGGCCGGUGCGACAAUAAGUGCAUCAGCCUCAUACCAAACUUUGGGUGCACCGCCAGAAGUAGAACAGCUCCAUUUAAAUAUUGUAGGACGACCCAGUCCAACCACUGCUAGCUUUGACUGGAGCACGCCACCAAAUGAUACAGGCCCAGUGGAAAGGUUUGUCCUAUCAUCCAUGGAGUCUAGUGGAGCAGAGUCUGUCAUUCACUACACAGGCCUAUCUACAGAGGCUGUGGCAAGCGGCCUAAAGCCCUUCACCCAAUACACUGUAACACUGGAGGCGUGCUCCUCCGGUGGGUGCACUUCUACCCCACCGUUGUCUCUUCUGACAGCCUCUGCCCCCCCACAAAACCAGCCCCCACCCAGAGUCACUGCUGCGGGACCUCAUACACUGCAUGCUUCCUGGGAGCCCCCCAGUCAGCCAAAUGGUGUUAUCACAAGGAACGAGGUUUUUCUUCGCGGACCAAUGGAAUCACAGAAUCCUUCAAGCCCAGCUGUUGAGAAGCGAGUGUUUGUCAGCACUGGUUGGCUUGAUCCAAGUGUUUCCCUAGAAGAACAGCUUACCAAUAGGAGCUCAGUCUCGCCCCCUGAGAACAAUGCCGUUGCAGGAGAUCUGCAGGCGUUUUCCACCUAUCAGAUGAGAGUUGUGAGCAUCAAUAUGGCAGGAAGUGUCACGUCCGGCUGGGCCACAGCACGCACCAUGGAGGGAGUCCCAGAGUUGAUGACUCCUCCAGAAGUGUCUGCACUGUCAUCCACCAGUCUCAAGGUUUCAUGGAGUACUGCUGAGGGUCAAGGGAUCAUUGCCAGAGGACUGGUCACAGAAUUUCGGGUCAACUUGCUCAAUAAACAGACCAACAAUCCCUACGCUCCUCCGGUUAUUAGUCAGGUCUUACACAGGGUGGGACCAUUGUCACAGCCUGUUCAUUUAGUGAAAGGACUGAAGCCUUACCAUGUGUACAACUUCACCAUUACGCUCUGUACAAAGACAGGUUGCAUUUCCAGUCUGCCAAGCACAGGGUGGACCCUACCAGCAGCUCCAACAGGACUGUCUCCUCCUCAGUUACAUCCAGUAAAUAAAACCACCAUUCAGAUAGACUGGGACCCCCCAGCCCAACUCAAUGGACCAGACCCACUAUAUCAGGUGGAGAGGUCAGACGUCUCUCUCUCUGACCCACAAGGUCCAGUUGUCAGAGGAACCAGAUUCUCAGGAAACGGUUACUACCAGUUUCCCAGUGACACCCUUCCUGUCAACACUGACUUCACAGGUGUUGAGUUGAGUUUCAGUACUCGGUCCCCAGAUGGCCUGCUGCUCUGUGCCUUCUCUCCAGGAAAUCAGGAAGAGUUCCUGGCCAUUCAGCUCAAAAAUGGACGCCCCUACUUUUUGUUUGAUCCACAGGGCUCAGCGGUGGCUGUGAGUGUACAGGGUGAUGGAGGGCGCCGCUACAAUGAUGGACAAUGGCACAGCAUCAUAGCAACAAGGCGAGGGGCCGUGGGAACAAUCGUUGUAAACAAUCAAUACAGAGGAAGUGCGGCAGCUUCCAGCGGCAGCACCAUCAUUGGAGAAAACACAGGGAUGUUCAUUGGAGGGCUGCCGGGAGACUUAACUUUGCUAAGGGAGGAUUCAGGGGAUGCUCGGCUAGUGCAACAGCGUUUCUCUGGUUGCCUCAGAGACUUGAGUUUUAAGAUGACUGACAGCCCGUCAGAGGAAUGGAAAUCUCUAGACUGGGCUAAAGCCACAAAGAAGGUGGCAGUGUAUGAAAGCUGGGAGGGAUGCCCAAUUCAAACUGUAGAAGGAGCCCAUUUUCUGGGUCAUGGUUUCUUGGAGAUGGCCAGAGAUGUAUUCAGUGGAGGACAGGACUUUGACAUUUAUAUGGAUUUCAGAACAGACCAGCUCGAUGCACUUUUACUCUUUACAUACAACACACAAACUGAUGACUAUAUGCUGGUGGAGCUGGAAGCCGGCCUCCUGACGUUCAUUCUUGCCGCUGAAGGUCAAGUGACUGAACUCAGUGUGUGGGUGGGGCUUAGCUACUGCGAUGGAGACUGGAAACCACUUUCACUGGCGAAACACGGCUCGCUCAUUUCUGCAGCAGUCAGUGACUGGGCAGAGGAGACAAGGGGAGCGGGAGAGGCAGUGAGGCUGAGAGUUGAUUCGCCAUUAUACUUGGGGGGCGUGCCCACGGAGCUCAUACAUCCUGCUCUGGACAGCCGAAGUCACAAACACGGCCUAGGAGGUUGCAUAAGGGGUCUUACCAUACGAAGUGAUGAAACAAACUCUCCUGUCAGUCAAAGUGUUAAUCUCUCUGUUGCCUCCCGCCGUUCUGUUAGAGUCUACUUAGACGGCUGUCCCACCAGUGAAAGCCGGUACAACUGCAGAGGAAACGAUUCAGUGUUGGUGUAUAAUGGGAGGAAGACACAAGCCACAGAUCAUAGCCUACAGCCUUUCACUGAGUACUUGUACAGGUUUGUGGCCUUGGCUGCAGGAGGUUGGGCAGCGGGACCUUGGGAGAGAGGACGCAGCCGAAGCGAAGUACCGAGGUCUGUACCACCUCCUACCACAGUGCAGAGCUUGAAUGGCUUCAGUGCCAAGGUGAGCUGGGUGCCACCUACUGGGGACGUCAGAGGGCUGAUUGACAGAUAUGAGUUGAAGGCCUACAAUAGAGAUCAACCAGAGAUACCACCUAUCAAAGCCAUGUACCUGGCUAAUGGAAAUUUCACAGGUGUGCUGCCGGGCCUCACUCCAUCCACUCGAUACAUCAUCACUCUAAGCGCCUGUAGUCCUGUUGGCUGCACUGAGAGUCUUCUUAAUGAUAAUGGUGAUGAUAAUGAUUUGAAAUCGAGCCUCACAACCCCGGAGGAAGCUCCAGAUGUUGUCUCUCCUCCAGUUGCACUCUCUUCCCCCUCAGCCCUCUAUAUUACCUGGGAACCCCCCGCAAGGCCCAAUGGAGGCAUUACAGAAUACCUCCUCUAUCACAACAACCAAAUGGUCUACAGGGGGAAGGACCGACAACACAACAUCACUGGUCUUGGUGUCUAUUCCACCCAUGUCUUGGUACUGAGUGCAUGCACUUUAGUGGGCUGCACCAAAAGUUCACAAGUUACUAUGCUGACCUCUCAGCUUCCUCCAGGGCCCCUACACGUACCAACUCUUACCCUGCUUGACUCACGGACUAUUCUGGUGGAGUGGUCACGUCCCUCCCAGGUAAACGGCGUUUUGGAGUUCUAUUCCAUCUUCCUGGCACAUGACGGUGCAGCGCCUGUGCUAGUCUAUAACAGCUCAGAACUUUUUGAAGACCACACACUCCGCGACCUAACCCCUGGAACAGCUUACACCAUCACACUCGCUGCCUGCACAGGAGGUGGGUGUACCGUAAGCCCUCCCAGCCAGGCUCAGACUGAGGAGAGCUCCCCAGAGAAUGUCCCUGCACCGCUGGUCACACCUCUGUCCCCACAUGCACUCAACGUCAGCUGGACACCUCCUGAUACUCCGAACGGCAUUAUAACCAGCUAUGGUCUCUGGCUGGAUGGAGUGCUCAUUUUAAACUCCACUUCCUCCCUGAGGUUCUUUGUGGCGGAGGGACUUUCUCCAUGGAGCCGACACGUCCUCCGGCUGCAGGCCUGUACAGCACGAGGCUGUGGCAAAGGACCAGCGGUGGAGAUGCGUACAUUACAGAUGACCCCAGAGGGCCCUAUACUGUUGGAACUGACCAAUCAGAGCUCUCGAUCACUCCGAGCCCGCUGGACAGCCCCUCCUAGACCGAAUGGGAACCUCAGCUACACACUGUACUACAAAAGCAAAGAGGGUGACGGUGUGUUGGAUGGAAGUAUAGCAGCUGGAAGCUGGUUGUCUGUGACUGACCUACAGCCUUACACCAACUACAUCUUCUGGAUCAGAGGCUGUAACAAACAAGGUUGUGUUGAGAGCCUGCCUCUCAAUGUUACUACGCCCCCAGCAGCCCCAGAUGGGUUGUCACCUCCGAGGUUGGCUCAUAGAACUAGUGCCAGUCUGAAUGUAUCCUGGUCCGCCCCUGCUCACUCCAACGCACCAGGCCCACUCCGUUACAGCCUGCAAAUGAGGACAUCCCCUCAGAGGCCUGUGAUAAGACUUAUGGAAAACGCAACGGCUACCUUUUCCUACCAUGUAGAGGGCCUUUCACCGUACACCCAGUACAUGUUAAGAGUGGUGAUCUCGCACACACACGGGAAGACUGUCGGCCCCUGGGCGACCCUGCGCACCGCAGAGGACAGUCCAGGACCAGUAGACAGUCCAGCUGUAUCCAGGCUCCAUCCUCGAAGUGUAACAAUUACUUGGGUUCCUCCCUCUCAACCAAAUGGCAUCAUCACCAACUAUACCCUCUAUCUUUGCCCCAGCUCCACAUCAUCUUCUGAUUCCAAACCCAGCUCAGUCUCCAGCACCAGCAUGACACUUAACUCCAGCUCAGGUCGUAACCCAAGGCUAUUGCCCAACACUGAGGGUGCAUAUCUCAACUCAAGCCAUAACCUCAGGCCAACAUCCAGUCUUACCACCCCAGGCUUAAGCCGCAUCUCCAUGUCCACUGUCACCACAGGCAGUAAUGACAGCUCAAGCGCAAUCCAAGGCACUAGACCCAACCUCCUCCCUCACCCUUUCUCUAGUUUGAGUCCUGGUAGCACAGACGACAACCAGAUCGAGGCCACUGGUGUAAGCAAUACAAGCCAAGGCCCUGCUUCCAUCUCAUUCCAUCCCACUGAACCCAAUAACCCCAGUGACAGCCCCAUUUCUGGUUUCUUGAGUGCAGCUUCAGAUUCACGUUCAUCCAUUCUAUCAGUCACUCUUCCGGGGAACACAACUAGCUACACUUUCCUCGACCUACCGCCAUACCAGACCUACAGCCUCCAGGUGGAGGCAUGCACCAGUGUGGGUUGCUCAUUGUCUGGGAUGUCUCAGGACUUUCGUACCCUCCCAGCUCCCCCUGAAGGUGUUCCUGCACCUCACUUUUACUCUGACACCCCCACCUCUGUUCUCUUGUCCUGGGGUGCACCAGAGUGGAGCAAUGGACCACUAGAGCAGUGGCUGAUUGAACGCAGAGUUACUGGGAUCAAAGAAGUCUCCACAGUGGGCCAUCUCCCACCAGACCCUCCCCCUCUUUCCUUCCUGGACUCUUCAUCUGCCCUCAGUCCCUGGACUAGCUACCAGUAUCGACUUGUGCUCCAUAAUCAAGCUGGCAACACUACAGGACCCUGGGUCAAUGUCACCACCAGACCUUCUCGGCCAGCUGGUCUCAGUCCUCCGGGAGUGAAGGUCUUGGGGCCAGAGUCACUUCAGGUAACAUGGUCGUCUCCUCUAAUUCCCAAUGGAGAGAUCCAUGGCUACGAGAUCCGUCUCCCAGAACCCCGCAUCUUCCAUGACAGUGGCAAUGCUUCAGAGUUCAACAUCACAAUAACGGACCUCAUUCCAUACACAAACUAUAGUAUUACUAUGUUGGCAUGUUCCAACGGUGGUGGACAUGUUGGAGGAUGUACAGAAAGCCUGCCCACGUCUGCUACCACUUUGCCCACAAUCCCUGAAGGCCUUGAACCACUGUCUGUAGUGGCAGUCAGUGAGUCCUUUCUGGCCAUUUCCUGGCAACCACCAAGCAGGCCCAAUGGACCUAACAUCAGAUACAAGUUGCUCAGACGUAAAACCCACCAGCCCCUGGCCAUCGCCACGGUCCCCACGGUAACAGCCAUGUCCCUUCCCCCCUCUGAAGAUCUCCAUCGCUGGCUCCAUGUUUACUCCGGCACCAAAUUGUUCUACCAAGAUAAAGGCCUAAGCAGAUUCACCCGUUACCAUUACCAGUUAGUGGUACAUAAUGACGUGGGCUACUCCUCAGGAGAGAUUGUUACCGCGGUGACCAUGGCGGGGGUUCCCCACCACCCUCCUUCUCUGUCUGCCCACGCUGUCAAUCACACUGCUGUACAUGUGACCUGGACCCAACCCUCUUUGCAAGACCUACAGGGAGAGGUGGAAUCUUACUUUCUGACAAUAAUGUCUUCCCGGUUAAGUCAAAUCUUGGCUUUCCCCCCUGAGAUCAUGUCCACAGUGAUAAGUGACCUUUGGCCCAGCACCACAUAUCUAUUGUCAGUACAGGUGUCCAACGGAGCACAUAAUACAACUAAGGCAAAGGUUAACGUCACCACAGAGGAUGGAGAGCCAGACGGGAUUUCCGCCCCAGAGGUGGUUCCGGUUAACAGCAGCACAGUUCGUGUGCUUUGGUUCCCUCCUCUACGGCCCAAUGGGGCAGUUACUGGUUACUACAUCUACCUUAAUGGCCGUCUUCAUGGCAGUGUAGACAACAGCUCAGGCUCCUACCUGCUGGGCGACCUGCUGCCUUUCACUGUCUACAACGUACAGGUGGAGGUCUGUACAGUGUAUGCAUGUGUGCGGAGUAAUAUUACUCAGACAACUACUGUCGAGGACCUGCCUGCCGACUUGGCCGCGCCACACGCACACGUGAUCAAUCCCAGAGUGGUGAGGUUGGACUGGUCCUGUCCAGGCAGACCCAGUGGGAUCAUGCUGGGCUAUGAUGUUUUAAGACGGACCUUGAGGUCAUGUGCCGUUGGGUCAACGGGGGUCACACUCUCUGUGGGAGAAGAGUCAGGCGGUGUAAGGUUCAGAUGUUCGUACCUGCAGUGUCCCGCCAGUCAUGGUGUGUGUGGGAUGUCCUGCUUCCAUCCUGACAUUCAGGUUUGCUGCAGUGGGCUGCUGUACACUAAGAAACCACAUCAUCAUUGCUGUGAGGGCAGUUACCUGGGUUUGACUAAUUACUCCAAUCCGGUCUGCUGCAGUAGCAAACUGCUCCCAGCUCUCCCUGACCACCAGUGCUGUGGAGGAUACUAUAUUCAUGUAAAAACCAAUGAAAACUGCUGCCCUGACCACAAGCAGGGCCGGGUCUCAGUAGGGCUGGGUGACAGCUGCUGUGGGGGGUUUCCUUACUCCAUGAAAGGCGGCCAGCUUUGCUGUAGUGGGAGCCUCCACGAUGGCUAUGGGGUCCGAUGCUGUGGAGGCCGUAUUGCAGAUGAUACUCUGGUGUGCUGCGGUGAUGCUGAGAGGGGUGAAGUGCACACAUAUACCCCAGGUUUUGUCUGCUGUGGUCAGGAGUAUAUAAACUCUUCAACCUCUCUGUGCUGUGUGAGUAAUGACGGAUAUCCCACCAUGCACCCUGCUGGCAAUGCCACAGUGACACUGCAGUGCUGUGGGUCAAAGGUCAUACAUCAGGAGGAGGAGUGCUGCAAUGGGAUUGGCUACGACCCUCAACGACACGUGUGUGCAGAUGAACCCACACCCGGCCUGUUGAUACAGCACCAGUGUUUGCAGGGCGCCGUGUGUCCUGUAGCUGCAGCUUCUACAGCUUACUGUGGCUCGUGUGACCUCGAUCCAUCUACGAACGCCUGCACAUGGGUCCUGUCUGCGCACAAACACCCUGAUAAACCCUCCACAACAUACUCACCUUCCCUCAACACCACUCAUGAAACUCUCACUAGGGGCCUGUCUACAAAUACAAACAGAAGUGAUAACACAUACAAAAUGGCAGAGGCAUACAGUCACACACACACUGAGAACCUGUGUCCAUCUCAUGAGGAGGUAGUGUACAGCAGAGAUGCCAACAGAUACACCUAUACAGGUAAUUGUGUGUGUUCGGUGGAAAACAAUAGGCUAAACUUUAAAUGACCAAACUUGUACUUUUCCAUAGUAAUUAGCAUAGCUUAUGU